AUGUCCGCUUCCCCACAGCCAGUUACGCCACAGGAGAUAGCUGCGAUGCAGGGUGAUGGCAAGUCGGCGGACAAUUGGGCAGGGCUUACAGACCCGGCCGAACGGCGACGAAGACAGAAUCGCAUCAAUCAGAGGGCCCACCGGCGGCGGCUGCGCAUGAAAGCCAACCAAGAUGUCCACCCCAAGAGCGUGGUGGCGUCUGCUUCACCGACGGCACUUGUCCCCCAAGACGAAUCGCGAGCCGGGCCAAUGCAGUCAGAGAGUCUCUGCGUUUCGCCUUCCUUUGCGCAACUUCUGCUGAGUCGGUAUGCCGCAUCGGCAUACCACAGCUACAUGCUGGGAUCUCCCACCUCCGACCACCUCUUAGUGCUGACGAAAGUCAAUGUCUUUCGCGCCUUUGGGCACAACUUGAAAUUGAUCGGCUGGCCUUUGGAUAAUAUGGACGACGACGCGAUAUCACCGUUUAGUCUACCGUCGACUCCCGAGGUACCGGGGCCGGAAGAGUACAGCUAUCUGCCGCCCAGUCUCCGUCCCACCAGGCUCCAGAGGACAAUCCCACACCACCCCUGGUUGGAUUUCUUUCCCCUGCCCAAAAUGCGGGACAACCUGAUCCAAGCAGGUGAUCAAUGGGACGAUGAUGCACUUUGCCACGAUAUCAUGGGCUUCUGGGGGGAAACUACUUCGAGCGGACAAGCAGGGCUCUUGGUCUGGGGAGAUCCAUGGGAUAUUCGAAAUUGGGAGUUGACGGAGCCGUUCCUGAAGAAGUGGCAGUGGAUUGUAAGAGGUUGUCCGGAGAUCAUGAAUUCCACUAAUGCAUGGCGGGCGCGUCGUGGUGAGAAGCUCAUAUUCCGCUACAUCUAA